AUGUCUACAGCGAUUGCUCAAGGCAUUCUUAAAAAUGGUGCUCAUCCGGCAUCAAAAAUUUGGGUAUCAGGCCCACAUUUGGAAAAUCUUUCUCACUGGAAGGAAUUUGGAGCAAAUAUAACAAACAAAAAUGGAGAAGUCUUUAACAACUGUGACAUAGUAUUCCUUGGUGUAAAGCCUCAAGUAUUAUCAAGGGCCAUCAAUGAUUGCCUCAACACUUUAGCUCAAACAAACACAAAUAAGAAAGUAUUGUUUAUUUCAAUUCUAGCUGGAACUAGUAUUGAGCAAUUGCACAAGACUCUUAGCAUACUGCCUGGUGAGAAACAAGUAAUAAGAACUCUACCAAAUACUCCGAUGUCUGUAGGUGCUGGGGCUUGCCUUUACACUCCUGAUCAUACUGUAACCAGUCAACAAUGUACUGAGCUUGAAAGGUUGCUCUCGGGAUGCGGCUUAUGUGAAAGAGUGCCUGAAUAUCUCAUGAGUUCAUUGGGUUCCUUAAUUGGGUGUGGACCUGCGUUUAUGUACAUAGCAAUAGAAGCGUUAGCAGAUGGUGCUGUGAAACAGGGUGCUCCAAGGGCACAAGCAACUAGAUUAGCAGCCCAAAUGGUUAUGGGCAGUGGGAAAAUGGUAUUGGACAAUACAAAACACCCUGGUCUUCUGAAGGAUGAAGUUUGUUCCCCUGGUGGUACAACAAUUUAUGGAGUCGCUGCAUUGGAGGAGGGUAAAUUUAGGUCAACCUUAAUUAAUGCGGUGGAAGCAGCUACCCUAAGAACGAAGGAAAUGGGUAAAAACUAG